UAGUUGCUUGAUUGGGUGACAUUCUUUUGCUUUAUGCAUCUAGGAAGCCAUUAUAUUGGCAUCAAGCAUACACAAGUUAAAUGGGGAAUCCUGUGUAGUCACUCCUCCCACUCUCUUCUCAAGAACCAGCCACAUCCCCUGCUAUUCUGCACUUUGCUUGUCGCAGUCAGUCUCUCCUUUGGGCUGUCAGAUCCCAUGAUUAUGAGGAAACGAAGUGCUUACCGACUUACAAGACUAGUUGUGAUUGUUGUAGGAUUUUUGUGUUUCUUUGCUCUCUAUCAAGGACAAAAUGGCAUCUUGGACUGUGUGCACUGGUUUUACCACAGCUGUACUCUGCUUUCCUUUUCACACAGGAUUAUUAUCUUGAAUUCUUCCACCAUUAGCCAUCCUAUGGCUCCUCCAUACCCUUACCCAUAUAAAUUCCUGAUUAACCAGCCAGAGAAAUGCCAGGGGCGGAAUCCAUUCCUGGUCCUCUUGGUGACUGCUGAGAGCCAUGAUGUGAUAUCUAGAAAGAUAAUACGUGAAACCUGGGGAGAUCUAAGCAACUACAAAGACAUUGAUAUCAUAAGACUUUUCCUGAUUGGACAAUCACCUGUAAUGACCAGUGCUGUACAAAGGCUGCUAGAGGAGGAGAGCGCUAGGUAUGGUGACAUUGUACAACAAGACUUUCAGGACACUUAUACUAAUUUAACUCUAAAAAUUCUAAUGGGGAUGGAGUGGCUAACAACAUUCUGCUCCAAUGCCAGCUAUGCAAUGAAGCUAGACAGUGAUGUGUUUCUCAAUGUGGACUACCUCGUCCAUCAUCUUUUACACCCGGAACUUCCAGCCCGUCAAAAUUAUUUGACCGGAUUUCUAGUCUCUUAUACAGCACCUAUAAGAGACAAAAAGAGCAAAUGGUAUGUACCAGAGGAACUUUAUCCUGGAGACACCUAUCCACCUUACCCUUCUGGUCCCGGUUAUGUAUUCUCAGGGGAUAUGGCAAAAAAGAUCUAUCAGGUGGCUCAGGGAAUCCCUAUUAUUAGCACUGAAGACACCUAUAUAGGAUUGUGUUUGUAUAGACUGAACAUUCCACCCACAAGGUCACCAAAAAACCUGUUUCAUGGACAUAAGAUUGAUUAUGAUGCCCGCACUUUUUGUAGUGUUGUAAUAGUUCACCAUUAUGAGAGAGAUAAUUUACGAAAUGUAUGGUUAGACUUCUGGGAUAAAAAAAAAUGGGUUUGUUAAAAUAAGAAAGGAAGGAGAUAUACCUUCUAAGGAUAAGUCCUCACAAAACAGACAGCGGCAGGUUUGAAGAUUGAAUUUGGUAAUCAGGCAACUUUGCAUGUUCUACUUGGUCUGGAGGCUAGGUGGAGACCAAUUUAAUCAAGAAGAAAGCUUCUUCAUCAGGCCUAUAACAACAUUUGUUUGUCCAUACACAGCCGCUCAUUUGAUUUUAUCUUAAAGUACAUAUCUGUCCUCACUAUGGACAUUAAAGUAUGUAUUUACAUAUUCUAAACAAGCAUCAAAAGGGCCUCUGUAGCGAAAGGCACAUCAAACUUUACAUUGGAGGCACUGCAAUUACAGCUUCCUUCCUGUGGUAGCAGGGACUUGUCAGCCUGCUGGCCUUCUACUGUAGGCAAACAGAAGGUUUAGCCUAGGGUAGGUGUAAAGCAGAGAAAUAAUUAUUCCUGGCUCCUGCAGGCUUUCUCCCUGCUGUACAACUUGUUGCACAAAGCCAAACCUUUUCCCUGGAUGUGCAAUUACCAGGCCCUAACAUCAUGUGCAAUGCAGAACCAGCAGUUGACGGCCCACCCACAUUGCCGGUGGGAGAGUGAGGAAACAAAUUAGCAUUCCUCUCCUAAACACAUCUGUAGAAUAAUCACACAUUAAAUCCUUGCUAUAUAGGGGCACAGACUACUGAAAUGUUAUAGUUGACUGGAGUUCAGCUUGAAGAAUUUGACUUUUCCUAGACACAGGUUCUUUAGGAUAUAGUUUGUCACACAAGCUGUUCUUGAAAGACCCAAGAGUUGUUGCAAUCCUGAUGAGGCUUACCUGUAUCCCCUUAAAUGUACUGUGACUUUUUUUACCAAAUAAAGCAGAGUUUGUGAAUCUAUAAUUCACCUAAUCUCCA